UGACGUCACCGCUUCCUGUGUGCGAGAAGUAGCAAAACGGCUAGUGGGUGGCGGCGUGUUGUCGGUGUAUUACAGAAAGGACCGAUCGGAAAUGGCAGAACAAACGAUUACAGUGACUUGCGCCUACGGCUCUACAAAGCACAGCAUUACACUGUCAGGACAGGAUGGGACUGAACCCACGGUGAAAGACUUGUCAGAUGCGCUAACUCAAGCCACCGGUGUUCCGGCAUCAUCACAGAAGCUCAUCUUCAAAGGUAAAUCGCUGAAGAACAUGGAGGAAAGUCUCUCCAGCUUUGGAAUGAAACAAGGCUGUAAACUCAUGAUGAUUGGGAAAAGGAACAGUCCUGAGGAAGAGGCUGAACUGAAGAAGUUGAAAGACAUUGAGAAGUCCGUAGAACAGAUGGCCAAAAAGCUGGAAAAAGUAGAUGGGGAACUGGCAGGACUCAAGAAUGGCUUCCUAGCCAAGGAUCUUCAGGCAGAGGCGCUGGGUAAACUGGACCACAGAGUCAAAGUAGCAGCUGAGCAGUUUAUGAAGAUCUUGGAACAGAUAGAUUCCAUGAGUGUACCAGAAAAUUUUUGUGACUGUAAGAUGAAGAAAAAAGGUCUAGUGAAAACAGUUCAGGAUUUCCUGGCCCAGUGUGACAAGAUCGAAGCUGGGAUUUCAGACCACCUAGCAAAGAUACAAUCUAAAAACCUUGCCCUGGCAGAGUAGAACCAGAAGCCCUCUUUAUCAUGUUUAUCCUCCGGCCAAUUGCCCCAAGGACUAUACAUUGCUCUGUGAGCAACUGAAAACUGUACUGUAAGCUUCGGUUUUGGAGCAAGUCCUUGUCUAUUUAUUAUUGGCAUGACAUUUGUGAGAAUGCUCUAAUGAAAAACAAAAAAUCCUGUGAACAGGGUGGAUAAUGACACUGACCAUGUUGGGUAAUUGUUGGGUGCUCCAUUUCAAACAGCAUCCCUGGGGGUUCAGUUCUCAGGGAUAAGACAGAGACAAGGUGCUUUCUGAUAUAUGUUGGAAUACAGAUAUGCCAAAGUAUACAGGCUUUUUUUUCAAUUAUGUGAAAUGAUCUCAUACAAAAGCAGCUCAUGACUGAAUACAACUGCCACUGUCAAAUGUUUUGUGACAGCGAACUGUUAUUACAAUUUCAUUUUGCAGACGCUUUUAUCCAAAGCGACGUACAGCUGAGAGUUAAUACAACACAAGCAAGGAUCUGGUCAGGAGGUGACAACGCAAGUGAGUGUAAAAAAAAAAGGUUCAAGUCCAAUAGGACAUAGGUGUCAACAGGCAGUGCACAAAAGCAAACCAAAUAUUAUUAUAUAAUUAUUAUUAUUACCACAAAAUACAGCAUCUGUUGCGUGAAGAAAAAUGUCGGUUUUCACUGCAACAUACUUAGUCUUCAUAUGCCAGAUGUAAACAGAUGUUAACACUAACUAAACUACAGCAAAGGUAAGUGGCGCACCAGCAACCUUCUUUGAAACCCAUGACUGAUCCUGUGAAUAGCUGCCCACAAAAAAAAAAAAAACUGUUCAUACAACUUACGAUUUCCCAUUUGCUGAAAUUGUGUGUGGUAUUUCAAAUAAAAUGACAGACUGAAUACAUGA